AUGAAGAGGAGUAGGAACGAGCAUAACUCGUCACAAGAAGAGCAGGAAUUUCUCAGAGAAAGCAAAUUAGUAGCCAGAUCACCUCAACAUAAAGAAAAGGUAAAACAGCCAGAACCCAGCAUGGAUGAAAUCAAACAAAUGCUGCGCGAUCUUAAAAAAGACUUACAUGAGGAUAUGGCACAAAUAAAGAGAGAAAUUCAAAAUGACAUCAGGGAAAUGAGAGAGGACAUAAAGGACACCAAAAAAGAGCUGCAGAAGAACCGAGAGGAAAUGAAAAGCAUGGCGAAGGAAAUCACCCAAAUGAAGGAAGAAUGGACGAGAGAAAAAGAAGAACUACAUAACAAAAUAAAGGAAGUGGAGGACAAGAUGGAAAGGAUGGAAAAACAAAAAAUUCGAAACAACUUAACAAUAACUGGACUUCCAACGAAUACCGAUAAUGAAGAUACACUCGAAGAAGCUUUGGAAAAAAUGUUUCAGACAGAACUCCUUUUGAAAACAAAGAUACGUAGAGCGCAGAAGAUAGGACAAGAUAGAUGCAUAGUCGAAAUGACCCCAGGUUUAAAAAAGAUGGCUUUAGUUAGAACCACUGAUAAUGCCAAUCAAGCAGCCAAUAUGUUGGAAGAGGAAAUGGCAGCCAUUAUUUCAGGGAACAGAAAAAAUACUCAGGAAGAAAAUGUCCCAAAUAAUAGUUCCUCAUCAACAGUAACUAAUUCGAGUCCAAUGACCGCUACCAUCCACUAA